UUGAUCUCGUUACUAAGCAGCAGCAAUAGCAGUAAGCCUGUAUGUUCUAGUUAUCUAGAGGGAGAAAUUAGUCACAUUUUUGUUGUCCAAUGGAUAGUCUUUUUACCUCCAGAAUCAAUCUCGUUCGACAAGAUAUAAUGUAGCGGUUCUCAUUAGGGAUACCAGUAGAUUUAAAGUUUAAAACCAAGCCAUUUAAAGUUGAACUUCUUCCCAUCAUCAAUAUGGCCUCCUCAAGUGAUCUUCGGGAGAAAUUACGAAAGAAACGACGGGCGCUACAACAGACUCUGCAGGUCAAAGACGACGUGGAUACAGAUACCCAGGCUCUGGUCCCAACCGACAAGAAGCAGAGUAAGGAGAGAGGACAGACGACUAUGGAGGAGCUAACAGCUGGUGAGGAGGAGCCUGGAGAUACAUUGAGACGCAACCUGAAGGCUCAGAGACAGAAGAGGAAGAAAAAGCUUGAGAAGGCAUCUACAGAUGAUACACCUGAUGACUCAGUGGUGGAGCCCCAUGAUGAGACAGUGGUGGAGGUCACUGCUGUUCAACAGAUCAGCCACGAUGACGACAAACCAGAGAAGCCUGUCAUCGUGUCCAGUCCCACUCACUCCCAGAGAGGAGACCUGCCACCCCGGCCUCAGGCCAAACCCGCGCCCAGCUCAAGCCACUCAGAGAGCUCCACCAUGAGACAGCGAAUGAGAGACAAGCUGAGGGCAGCCAGGUCCAAAGCAGAAAGUCUUCUACAGCAGGAGGCUUCCUUGGAGGUGCCAGCUAGUCGCUUGCAGAGUCUCAGAGACAGAGACACUCUCACCAGGUUUGACAGAGAGACAGAGCCAGACCUCAGGGCGGGGAGAGAUGACCACUCUUCUCCCCUCAACACCAAAGUCAAGUUCCGAGAGACAGUCAGGAGUGUCAGGAUAGAGAGUAUAUCGGAGACAGGUUUACCCACAGCGGAGGAGGCCUACAAUUUUUUCACUUUCAACUUUGACCCGGAACCCCAUGAAGAGGCGGGCAAAGGUCGUAAGAGAAGGCCAAGGACAGAAGGGGAGAAUGAUGAUGAGGAAGAGGAGGAGGAAGAGGUCGCUGAAGUGGACAGGGAACAGAAAGGCGAGAACGAGGAGCGGGAUGAGGAUGCUCCUCUAGUGAAAGAUGAAGAGGAUCUGUUCAUUAUCGACCAAUCAGCACAUGACUUCCUGGUGGUGAAGAGGGCAGAGUACAUGGGCUAUCAGAGGCGUCUUCAGAGCGAGAAUGACUUCCUCUUCACCCCAAGCUUUUUGACAGUGCCAGCCUCCAGUAAAGUACCAGAGAACAUGCAGCCCCGUUAUCUGGAGGAGGAGGGGCUAUACGUGGGGGAGAGGCCUCCCAUAUCCCUGACCAAUCAGAACAUCUUAGAGAACCGUGUCUUGAAACAACAGCAGGGGAGGAAGUGGUUUGGGGACGACGGCAGGAUCAUAGCUCUGCCUGACCCCAUUAAAGAGUCGUCCACCAGACCCCCUCUGUUUCACAUGGAGGAAGACCUGGACCCGGCUCUGCAGACUGUCUAUAGGAAGGCGCUGAAGUCAAAGCAUGCCAUUCAGUACAUUGCAGGAGGGGGCACGAACGGGGAUUACCAGCUGGAUGUGGACGUCUCAGGGCUCAUCUUCUCCCAUCACCCCCUCUUCAGCCGGGAGCACGUCCUAGGAGCACGCCUGGCCCAGCUCUAUGACCAGCACCUCAGCAGGCAGCACAAGAACAUCACGGAACACCUCACUACCAAGCUGAAUGGGUUGAGGAACGCUGUUCGGAACAUGCUGGAGAUCCACGGUAGGCAGGGCCUAACUCCUGUCAUGCAGCAGAGGAUAUCUGAGUAUAAGCAGGAGGUGAAGAACACUCGCAGGCUGCGGGACACUGAGCAGGAGAAGGACAGAACCCUGCUGAAGAGCAUCAUCAAGGUCUGGAAGGAGAUCAAAGCCCUGAGGGACUUCCAGAGGUUCACCAACACACCAUACAAGCUUUACCUCAGGAGGGAGGAGGGGAUGCGGGCUUCAGAUGAGCGGGACCAUGAGGCUGAGAUCCAGGCUGAAGUGGAUGAGCUGCAGGGGGAGAUGGAGGAAGACUACCAGAAAAAGGUCACUGAGUACAAGAGACAGCAGGAGGAGUGGAAGGCCUGGAGGAGGAAACAGAAAGCCAAAGAGAAGAAGAAAAAGAAAAAAACCCAGUCUCAGGAUGAUGAUGAUGACGAUGAUGAUGACCAGUCAGAGGGUGACACGGAGCUGGGACACUCGAAGCCAGACCCUCCUGAGGAACCAGACAUGGAGGGUGUUGAGGAGCAGGUCAGAGAGAAGGCUUCUAGAAUCAGAAGGAAACCAGGGGAACCCAUCCUGAUGCCUGAACUCACUGCAUCUGGACCCAUCACUCCUAAUGAACAGUGUCCCAGGGGCGAGUUUGCUAGAAGAGAAGAUGUUGCAAAGCGCUAUCUCUUCACCAAGGUUUUAUAUAACAACAAAGAAGUCUCCAGAACAGACAAUCGCUCCCUAAAUUCUGAUUUCAGAGUCCAUUUUGGUCAGAUAUUCAACCUGAAGAUAGUCAACUGGCCAGAAAGUAUCAAGUUGCAGGUGUUUGAGGUGUUGGGCUCAUCCACCUCCCUGUUAGCAGAGGUGUUUGUGCCAGUCCCAGAAUCAUCAGUCCUGACGGGUAGUGCCCCCUCUGAGGAGCUGGAGUUCAGCAGCAACCUAAGGGUCAUGUUUGACCACGAGGCCGUCGGCAGUGGUACACACCCAUACACACACUGUGCAUAUUUAUACUUGGACAUCUCUCUUACACCCUUCUCUCUCUCUCUCUCUUUGGUCUCUCUCUGCUGUCAAUUUGCCCUGUCAGACGUGCCCUUCUCCUUUGAGGCAGACGGUAGUAACCGUCAGACGCUGCUGACCUCUGGGAAGCUGUCCUGCUGUGUGUCCUGGGCUAUAGGGGAGGAUGAUGUACCACUGGCCCCGCCCACCACUCAGUCCAAGGCCAUGCACAGUGGACUGAAACAGUUGGAUGCCAUCGCCUGCAUUGGGGCAUCUAGUCUUAAUGAUAUGAAGAAGCUUGGGGAGUGGGCCACUGAAUCUAGACUGGAUCCCAAUGACCCAAACAACGCAACCAUCAUGCAACUCCUAAAGGUGGCCAGUAGUGGGGAGGUGACAGCUCCAGAUUACUUCAGACUGGAGCAGCUGCAGGAGGAGUUCAACUUCCUGUCUGAGGAGGAAAUUGAGCGGUCUCGCAGGUUCCGUCUGCUCCGACUCAGAAACCAGGAGGUGGCUGAGUUCCGUAACUAUAAGUGUGUCCCUGCCCUGGAACGGGAGGUCACUGAUAAGGUGUUCCAGGAAUAUGAGAGGAGAUUGAGAGAAGGAGAAAUCGUUGACACUAAGGAUCACCUAGAUGCACACAGAGCCCUGGUGGCCAAAUACCUGCAGAAGAUUAGAGAAUCGGUCAUCAACCGCUUCCUCAUUGCCAAGCAUCAUUUCCUCCUGUCUGACCUGGUCCAAGAAGAGGAAGUUCCUAGUAUUGGGAUACUUGGCCUGAAUCUGUUCAAGCUGGCUGAACCUAAGCGGCCCCUGAAGCCUCAGAGGAAAGAGAGGAAGAAAGUGACAGCUCAGAAUCUGUCUGACGGGGACAUUAGAUUACUUCUCAACAUUAUCCGGGCCUACGACAUCCCCAUCCGCAAGCCCCAUGCCAGCAAACCUGCAGUGGCAUCUAAGUCGGUCCGCUCUUUCACUGAGACGUUUACAGCAGGCCAGUCAUCCCAGAGUGCCAUCCAGGGCAGCGACUGGCUCCUCAACCAGGUGCAGGUCAGGCCCUUUGUGGAGGUAUCGUUCCAGCGCACGGUUCUUCAGACCACAACAGCAGACGGACCAAACCCAUGCUGGAACGAGGACCUGCAACUGCCAUUCAGUGCCCCAAAUGGAGACUACAGCACUGCUAGCCUGCAGUCAGUGAAAGACGAGGUCUUCAUCAACAUAUUUGAUGCAGUCCAUUAUGAAUUGGGAGGGGAUGGAGAGGAUAGGGGGAGAGAAAUCCACACACGGCUAGAGAAACACUGGCUGGGCUCUGUGAAGAUUCCUUUCAGUACUAUCUACUUCCAGUCCAGGAUUGAUGGCACGUUUAAGGUGGACACCCCACCGGUGUUGUUGGGAUACAGUAAGGAGCGCAGCCUGGCCAGUGAUGGUGGCUACGACGCUGUACGCAGUCUUAGUGAAGGAGCCUUCAUCACACUCUUCAUCACCAUAGAACCACAGCUGGUACCUGGAGAGACUGUUAGGGAGAAGAUGAAGGAAGUAAAGUUUGACAGCCAGGAGGGCGAGCGUCUACUGCUGGCGUCAGAGGUCUUUGAGAGGGACGCAGCAGUGAGUUACCCCAACCGUUCCUGCCUCACCACCGUCAUCGACAUCAACGGGAAGACUGUGUUUAUCAGCCGUUACCUCCGCCCCCUCAACCCCCCGCAGGAGCUGCUCGACGCCUUCCCCAACAGCCCCCAGGAGGCCACGGAGCUGAUAGCUCGGUAUGUUUCUCUCAUCCCCUCUAUGCCUGAUAGCGUCUCAUUUGCUGGUGUCUGUGACCUGUGGAGCACCUGUGACCAAUUUCUGACCCUGCUGGCGGGCGACGAGGAGGAACAUGCUGUACUGCUCUGUAAUUACUUCCUGUCUAUGGGCAAGAAGGCUUGGCUCAUCAUCGGCAGCGCCAUUCCUGAGGGACCCACAGCGUAUGUGCUGACCUAUGAGCAGAGUCGCUACCUCAUCUGGAACCCCAGCAGUGGUCAGUACUACGGCCAGUAUGACUCCUUCUGCCCUCUACAGACUGUGGGAUGCCUGGUCAGUGCUGACAAUGUAUGGUUCAACAUUCAGGUGUACACCUCUCCACUGAGGAUGAGUUUUGAUGUCACCAAAGCCAAACUCUGGAAACCGUUCUUCUCCAGGGCCUUUCCAAACCCUGGGCUGUCCAGUGUUCAGCCUGAGGAGCUGGUGUAUCAACGCACAGACAAGGCAGUGGCUGCAGAGCUGCAGGACAGGGUUGAGAAGAUUCUAAAAGAGAAGAUCAUGGAAUGGCGGCCCCGCCACCCGACCCGCUGGAACCGCUACUGCACCUCCACCUUGCGCCACUUCCUGCCAAAGCUGGAGCUGAGUGGAGGGAGGGACGUGGCCGACGAGCACCGUCUAGAGUUACAGAGUCUACUAGGGGACUACAGGAUUUCAGGAUUCCCCCUGCAUCUUCCAUUCUCAGAGGUCCGGCCCAUUAUUGAGGCAGUCUACAGUACAGGAGUCCACAACGUGGAGGCGUCCAAUGUGGAGUUUGCACUGGCAGUUCAUGUUCAUGCCUACCCUAACAAUGUCCUGUCUGUCUGGGUUUACCUGGCCUCACUCAUCCGCACACGGUAACUCCAUUGCAGAGGUAUAGACAUGCUUGUUUUUCAUAAAUGCACUUUACAAUAUUGUUUACCUGUAUGUUUAUGAAGAAACGUUUAGAGCACAACUACCUUUUAGACUACAGUACAUAUACAUGCACAGGAAUAAUUUGAUAUUAAACUGAUUAUGGCAGUAGGCAUCUAAACACUUAAGCAGAAUUAUCUUAAUCGCCCAAAAUCAAAGCAAGCAUACACAGAUUAAAACACCUGGUUUUCUGAGAUUAGGACAUGGAAACACCUUAACUUGCGUUCCAACAUUUUAAUCUGAUUAUCCACAAUAAUCACAUUAUGUGCAUGUAACCGUAAUCUAUUGAUUUGCUAUUGUCAUUUAGUCUUGUAUUUGCAUAUGAGUGUGAUAGCUCUGGAUGACACUGGGUUUGUUUACCAUUCCUAUGAAAUCACAAUUAACUUGUGUAGCUACCAAAUCUGACACCCAGUCUUGUUAUGUGCAGUGUAAUAUUACAGAUUUUAUCAUAAACUUUAAACAAAAUA